CCAUGCGGGAGUCUUUGCUGCUGCUCGUCCGCAGCCCCACGCAGCGGCACCCGGACCUGCGUCUGCGCGCCCAGCCCGCCUGGACUGUACGGCGCCUCAAGGCCGAGCUGCGCCGCCUCGUUCCCGGUGCACCGCCUGAAGAGGACCAAAACCUGAUUUAUUCUGGUAAACUACUGCUGGAUCAUCAUUAUCUGAGAGAAUUGCUGCCAAAGCACGGGGAGUUGCAUGCUCUUCAUCUGGUAUACAAAUUCAGGACUCCUGCACAUGUGCAAGAAUCCAGUGUAGAGGUUAAAGCUGAUCAGCCAAAGUUACCAUCAGAAGCUAGUCAAGAACCAGCUGUACCUUCCUCAGAUGGUGAAAGACCAAGAUGUUCUUCUGGUGGCCAGUCUUCAGCAGAAAUCAGUAAUGGGCUGGAAACAACUCAACGUCCCUUCCAAAGUGUGGCUCCUGGCUUCUCUGUGUAUACAACCUACAACAUGCUUCAGAUGUCUUGGUUUCAGCAGAUCUAUGCAAGACAGUACUACUUGCAAUACUUGGCUUCUACUGCUACACCUGCUGACCCAUCCCAUGCACAACAUUCUCAAGAGAUUCCAGUGGCACCAGUGACAACACCGGCUCCUCUCCCAGAUGUAUUUCCUGCACAAAAUCAGCCUGGAAACCAGAAUGCUGCUGCCCAGGUUAACGCAGUGGCCAACCAUAACUUGCAAAUGAAUGCACAAGGGGGUCACCUCAUGGAGGAAGAGGAGGAGGGUGGCCAUCGAGAUUGGUUGGACUGGCUCUACUCAGCAACGUUGUUCUAUGUAUUUGUCAACAUGAUUUAUUUCUACUCCAGUGUCAGCAGAUUCCUCCUGGUUAUGGGUGGCGGUAUCCUGAUGUACCUGCACCGUGUUGGAUGGUUUCCAUUUAGACGAAGACCAGUUCAUCCCUUCCCAGACAAUGCUCCUCCUCAAGCAGCUAUAAACCAGGACCAGAACAAUAACUUACAGGGGGAGAAUGCAGGUGGAGCCGAUGAAUCUGAGACAUCUCCUGAUGAUGGACAAGGCUUACAAGAGCUGCAGCAGACAAACCCUUCACUGAUGGGCACAGUGUGGGUUUUCUUCAAGACUUUCUUUGCAUCCCUCCUUCCAGAAGGGCUCGGAGUGACCCACAACUGACCUGUCACCAGUCUGCUUGUCUGACACUGCAAACCAGGAGGGAAAGUAGAUGACAAUUCUGGCUUUCACUGACCAAGCAAAUAAAACUGCAAGAAGACUUAAGUCAUUGCAGCCUAGAGACUGAGAUGCUUGCCCUUAGUCAAAAGAAUUUUGUCCUGAAGCAUUUAUUAGUCGCCUGUGUUGAGGCUUGGCCUUGUGAACUUGUGCACUAAAUGCACAGGCUCUAAGCAGGUGUGCAAGAAUGUGAGAGAAGCAAAUUGCUGCUUCUGUGCAAUGUGAUUCCUGUUGGAAUGUCUCAAAUGCUAUUUAAAUUACACUGAGUGUAGGAUCUCAAAAAAAAAAAUUGCUAGAUAAGCAUUAGCAGAUUGCAGAUUUUAGGUCUAUUGUUAAAUUGCUUCAAUAGUUUAAAAUUUUUGUAAAUAUUUUCCUAUGAAGGAUGUACGAUGCAUGAUGCAAUUCCCUUGCUGGUUGGAAGUGGAGGACUCUUACAGUGACUUCUUAAAGCAAUUACCUUAUUGGAGUUGUAGGCUAAACUUCAUGUUGCUAAAUUCAGACAGCUUAAACUUGAGGCUUAAUUUUCCCCUGGCAGAUCAUGAGAGAAGAGUGUGUCCAGCUCUAACAGGAAUUUAUGCAAGAUGUAAACUUCAGUGCUUUUGGAUGCAAAGUUAAAGCAGUCUAGUGCCUGUAUUCAGUUUUGAUGCAUUCUUACUGCAUAGCAACCCCCUUGUGUUACUUCAUUUUGUUCCCUUUAGUUUCUGAUACUGUCAAGGGCUUUGAUUCCAAUAAAACUUUGCAGGCAUUCA